GCCGCGUGAACACGCCGCGCGCGGUCCUCUACUCGCACUUCGUGAAAGACUUGAGCGCGAAGAAAGUUACCGCCGUGCGUUUUGAAGAGGGCACGGGGAGGAUCUUGUACGAGCUGAAGCACGGCGCGACGUCGUCCGCGCCCGCGAAGGCGCCCGCCGGUUCGUCUACCACCGCCGGUUCGUCUUCCGCCGCGAGCAAGGCGAAGGCGGCGGCGCUGUCGAAGCUCCCGAAGAUGGCAUCUAAGCGCGUUUCGGCGACGAAGACGUCGGACGCCGCGACGCCCUCAAACUCGGCGACGGAGGCGGCGAAACCGCCGCGCGGCGUGAUCCUGCAAACGAAACGCAUCCCCGAUGAGCGUUUAAUGACCCGCCUCGAAGCCUCCGGCGUCGAGUUCGGAAGCAUCGCGGCGCCGCCGUCGUCGUACAUAAGCAAAGGCGCGCUCACCGCGAUGGCGCUGUGGAUCCCGCUUAUCCCGCUGUACUUCAUGUUCCGAAACGCGACGAACAAGCAAGGCGGCGGCGGCACCGGGAAGAAGGCGAGGCCCGUCACGUUCGCGGACGUCGCCGGCGUGGACGCCGCGAAGACGGAGCUCAUCGAGCUCGUGCAGAUGCUUCGAUCCGCGGAGAAGUACAAGGGCGUGAAGAACCGCCUGCCGACCGGGUGUCUGCUCGUCGGUCCGCCGGGCACGGGGAAGACGCUGCUCGCGAAGGCGGUCGCGGGCGAGGCCGGCGUGCCCUUUUUCAGCGUCGCCGCGUCCGAGUUCGUGGAGCUGUUCGUCGGAAGAGGCGCCGCGCGGGUGAGAGAGUUAUUCGCGGAGGCGCGCAAGGCGUCGCCGUCGGUGAUUUUCAUCGACGAGCUCGACGCCAUCGGCGCGCGCAGAGGCGCGGGUCUGAACGAGGAACGAGACCAGACCCUGAACCAGAUGCUCGUGGAGAUGGACGGCUUCAACAAGCCCGGCGGCGUGCUCGUGCUCGCGGCGACGAACCGCGCGGAGGCGUUGGACCCCGCGUUGCUUCGCCCCGGCCGGCUCACGCGUCGCGUCUUCGUCGGCCCGCCGGAUUACGCCGGUCGCGCGCAGAUCCUC